AUGCCUCGCGUUAAGGUGUUGUUGUUUGGAAAAGCGGCCGAGCUCGCUGAGUCACGGGAAAUAACCGUAGAAGUCCCCGAAACAAUAUUAUACGGGGAGCUAUUCGAAAAAAUAUUCGAAGUUGUAAGUCGUAAACGCCUGUUUUUUAAAAAAGAAGCAUAUUCAGGAACCUUCGUUGAACCCAAUUAAAUCAACAUGUGUAAUUGCAAUUGACCAAAAAUAUGGAGGGAAAGAAGAGCAGAUAACAAUUACAAAUAGAACGGAGAUUGCAGUAAUACCUCCAUUAUCUGGCGGAUGA